UUCUGUGAGCAAAAAUGGCGGCUGGUUUGACGCAUUUGGGUAGGAUUAUACGGCGCGAUUUCUGUGGAUUUACCCUCAUUUUGGUGCCCGCAUGUGGAUGCGACAAGUAAAAGCUGGAAGUGGUACUCUACUGGAAGAAGUACCAUGGAAAAGUUGGUGGGAAAGGGGAAAGAUAAGCCCCCUGUGAAAGAUGCCCACAUCAGUGGACAGACCACCACAAGCAAGGAACCCACCGUCCCGAGUUCCAAUCCCACCACGAGCACACUAGGUGACCCAAUGCCCCUGGAGGACAAACGUCAGCUCUUCCAAGAGAAGGUUCGACUCAGCAAUGAAGCCUGUCAGAAUUCGGACUUUGAGCGAGCCAUUCGUCUGUACACCGAGGCAUUAGUCUUGGAUCCAGCCAAUCAUAUCCUGUUCAGUAAUCGCUCGGCGGCGCAUAUGAAACUGAAGCAAUAUGAGAAGGCAUUACAUGAUGCAGCUAAAGCCAGGGAACUCAACCCAAAGUGGUCAAAGGUAAGAGUUUUGCAUUCCUUUUUUUUCAAUAAUGUAUUCAAUAUAUAGAGGGCUCUCACUGACCAACGUGACCCGGCCUACAUUGACCUGACCUACAUCCAGGUACUGGAAAGUCAGCGUCGCCAUUAUGAUAGGUGAAGAUCGUAUAGCGCUGCAUGCAGUACCGGUAGGUAGUAGGCUAGCCUUC